AGUCCCAGCCCCUUUUCGGUCCGCUCGGUUAACGGGCCUCUCGCGGGGAAAAGGGUCCAGAAGAACUUGCAUGCGCAUGCGCCGCCAUACACCGCAUAUAUACGGUGUGACCCGGUCGCUAAGCUCAGAGAAAACUCAAGAAAACUGUCAUGGCGUCUAACGAAUGGAAUAGCGAGUCUUUGAACAACACAUACGAGUCGAAAUUCGGUUCUGUUUUCGUUGAAGCAGUCAGUCAUGCCAUACGAUCAUCCAAAUACAACUUGAUACCGAAGAUUGAACAAAUGGAGGCGAUGUUUCAGCUCUCAAAGGGCAAUGAUGUAUUCGUUAAAUUGAGUACUGGAUUUGGAAAGUCACUGAUCUACAGCUUAUUUCCUUUUAUUUGCGAUUUCUUUCGUGGAGGGGAUAAAUCCAUAGUAGUCUUGAUUUCCCCUCUCAUCUCACUGAUGGAGGAUCAAAUAAAAUCUUUGAAAGAUAACGGAAUUCCUGCUGCGAAAUUGAGCGAUGCGUUGGACUUCGARAGGUACAAAAUAUUGUUACUUUCACCGGAAAGUUUCGAAUCCAAAGAGGUAAAGGACAAGUUAAAGAAAAUAAAAGAAAAUGUCGUCUGUGUUGCCGUGGAUGAGGCGCACUGCAUCGAACAAUGGGGAAGAGACUUUCGUGGUGCCUAUAACCAGCUAAAUGAGGUCCGAGCCCUCCUGCUACCCAAGGUCCCUAUGAUUGCAUUAACAGCCACAGCUAAUGCAAGAGUUAUGCAAUACAUCAUUAACAAAUUAGAUAUGGAAGGUUGCCAAGUGGUCAAAUCAUCGUCAAAUAGAGCAAACAUUUUCUAUGAAGUGCAACAACUACAUGUAAAGAAAUAUGAUGAUUAUGAUAACUUACUGGAAGAGUGUUUUGGCCGUGUUAUUGACCGUAUACUUCAAGAUGAGGCUAAUGCUGAAAAAACUUUGAUAUUCUGCAAAUCUACAAAUGACUGUGCAACRGUGUUUGAAUAUUUUGAAUGCCGUCUCGGACAGAACAUCAAAGUAAACAAUGAACUGUGUGUAAAUAUGUAUGUAAAAAUAACUGAURAGGAGACAAAGAAAAAUAUUGUACACAGCAUUACUAAUUCUGAAGGAUCACUACGUGUUGUAAUUUGCUCAUCUGCUUUUGGCAUGGGUGUGGACUGUCCAGAUGUUAGAGAAAUAAUACAUUUCUUUUCUCCAUCUUCAUUAAUGCAAUAUUGUCAAGAAUCUGGUCGAGCUGGAAGAGAUGGUCAACCAUCAAAAGCAACUCUGUUAUUCUCUGGGCGUGAAUUUGGACAUUAUAAAGCUCAGUUAACAAAGUCAUCUGCCUCGCGAGUUCAGUUUAACGAGCUUGAAAUUAUGAAAGAUUACUGUCAAAAUGAAACAAUGUGUAGAAGAUUUGUGCUCCUUAAGUAUUUGGAUAGUGUGGCAGAAGCCAAGAAGUCCUGUAAUUCAGUCAAGCAUCAGUGUUGUGACAUUUGUGCUAUUACUUGUAAAUGUUUGUCAUGUGCAUGUAGUACCUUGACUUUACAAGCUGGAAUUUCUGAGUAUGAACAUGUAGCUUUGAAUGAAGCUGAUGCAACAGCAGAUACUUUGCAAGUACGCUUUUCUGAUGAGAACAAAGAUKUUAUUGUCAAAAGCCUUCAUAAAUACCAACAAUCACUUGGAAGUAAUUCAACAGACAGUAUUUUUAGUAGAGAUAGCACAACAGGAUUUACUGAUGUGGUCAUUGACCAAGUUAUACAACAUUGUGAACAAUUAUUUACUGUAGAAGAUGUUUAUAAAUAUGUUGAUGUAUGGUUUGAGGAGCAUGCCAUGGCCAUCUUAGAUGUUUUAAGCAAGUGUAGUGUCACAUAACAAGUCAAGAAUCAGUGUACAUUAGAGGAAAUUUACUGCCAAACCUAUGAAAGUAAGCCCUUGAUAGUUUCUCAACAUUCCAUUGUGGGAUGACUUCACAAUUGACUAUUAUUUUUAAUUAGUAUAAUUUUUUAACUUUUCAUUUUU